CUGUUAUCUUUUUUAUUAUUGGUGCAAUGUUUUCCAGGAUAUGCUUGCCAAUCCAUUCUUCCUUGAAUUUGAGUAUCAUUGUUUGGCUGGUUUGUUGGGGUUUUUUUCAUUGUUUUGCUGGUUUAUAGAAGUCUUUAAAAUUAUAUUUGAUAAUGUUUGGAUCUUCAAUUUUAAUUCUUCAACCUAUAUCAAAUUGAUACACUGUUUCAAUAUGGAGGGAGGAGGGAAACAUUGAUGUAUGUUUUGGGACUCAAAAUGUUAGGCACCACCUUUGUGCUUAAUGAAAUGACUCUUUAUUCUGUGAUAAGUUUGUAGACAUGAUUCCUUAUCUGGAUGAUAUUCAACUCAAGCUUUUGGUAGUGGUAAGAGCGCAAUGCUUGAUGUGUGGGUUUCUCUACUCUUUUGGUAUACUCUACUUGUAUAGAAUCUCCCAACAUUAAUCAAAUCAUUUAAAUUAUUAAAAAAAUGGUAAAGAGAAUAUUACAUUAAUAGCUUGAGAAAUUAGCAAAUGGGGCGAUAAGGAAGGGAUAACAUUUGUGGUAAAGACCUUCCAUCUUCAACUAUGAGGUUAGGAUUCUAGUUAUCAAGGGAGCAAAAUGAGAAAAAAAAAUAUCAUGGGUGGGGGAUUUCUAGGGGUGGAGAUUAGCUUACAAAAACACAAUAAAUCCUUAAUCCCAGGCUUGUUGGAUCUGAAUCCUUAACUAUCCAUUUUGCUCAAUUUGGACCCAUCCAAUUCCAGUAUUCAACAAUUUAAGUUCUCUAUCACUAGAGUUCCACAAUUUCUAUUAACAUGCAAAUCUUUAACAAGCUCUAAGCAAACAUUAGACCUAAUGUAAACUUCCCCAACAUGACUAAACUGUAAUUUCAACUAGUUAUGUUCUAUUUCUUUUUGCUAAAUAUGCAUAAAUUCCAAGAGAUUGUAGGUCUUUCAAAACAACUUCUUUCCGUUUGACUUUAGGUUUACCUCUUUCUCUUAACACCUUCACUGAUUAUAGUUUCACAUUUAUAGAUUAGUGCAUCAGAGGUCAACGUAGGACAUGAUUAAACUUUCUCAAAUGACCUUCUCUCAUUUUAUCCUUUAUGUGUGCUACUUGUCCCGUCUGCUGAACAUGAACAUUCUGAAUAAGUGUGAAAUCACCUAAUACUUGCAUGUUGAAUGACUUCCACUCAGUGCCGUAAGAUGCUGCAUUUUGUGGCAUUUCUUUGAUAAAAUAAUUAAGUAGGCAAUAAUUUACAGUUAUGUCUAAUUUAGUCCUUGGUUUUGCAUCGUACCAGUCAAUCUUUUAAGGGUAAUCUCUUUUUAGUUCUAAUGUGGCCAAUGUGAUUGAGGUCAAUGAAAAAUGAAUUAUUUAGUUAGAGAUCUAGUUUUUACCUUUAAGCUCUAUAAAAUUUUCAAAGUAUUUGUCUCCAGUAUGCUUUUGUUCCUUCUGCCAUUGUCAAUUAUGCUUCCGUUACUUAGCUAGGUUGCACUGGCAACCAUAUUUGAUGGCUAAGUAAAAAGAGUUUAACGACUAAUCAUGUGACCUCCCCUCUGUCCCCUAGACAAAGUAUUGUUGAGGAUUCAUAUUAAUGGGCUAGUUUUACAUUGGCUAUUGCAUCCCUCCUCUUUUACCCGAGCUCACCCAGGCAGAGUAAUCCUCCCGUAAACAAAGUAAAAUCAUUAAGUUUGAAACUCUUUUACCAACACGGUUCUUAUCAUAGAAAAAGUGGAUAUUUCAGGCCAUAGCUCACCUUAUGUCAAUGUUUGUUGAUAUUGUUUUAUUUCUUCAAGUUCAUGAGCCAUGUACUUACUUGAAAUGGUAUCUUAUUUCGGCAACUAUGCAAUCAUGUUGUUCUUGAGGCAGGCUGCAAAAAUUAUUGCUAAUUUAAUUGUAAUGGGCUCUUCUAUAUUGGCAAGGGCUUUUGUUCAAGCAUAUCGUCAGGCAUUGUCCAAUGCCUCGAAGAAUGGUGUUGCUCAAGAAGCAGUGCAGAAUAUUAAAAGAUCUAGCAAAACCAUGACGGAAGCAGAGGCAAGACAGAUUCUUGGUGUCACAGAGGAUUCAUCAUGGGAAGAAAUUGUGCAGAAGUAUGACAACUUGUUUGAGCGAAAUGCUAAAAACCGGAGUUUUUACCUUCAAUCAAAGGUACAUAGAGCUAAAGAGUGUUUGGAAGAAGUUCACAAACCUAAAGAACCAGAAACAAAAUAAGAAAUCUCGUGCUGAUGUUUAGUGUAUAUUCUUGCUGCUAAUGAUUUACCUAGCUAGUUCCUUGGAUCUUUGUCGAAAAUUUUAUAUUUUGGUGACAGCAGUUGAGGUUUCUGUUCAAGAACUUCAAUGUAGUGAGUGUGUUAGACACAUCACAGCACAACACACUCACACCAUUGUAGUAUACAUGUGUAUAAAGGGAUCAAUUUCUUGAGUAGCUAACAAAAAAAGAAGUUGAAAAAACUUGAUGACAUUUUCGCCCAUUAUUUUAAGUUGUAUUCAUUAUUCAAGCUUCUUA